UUUUAGCACAGACAGCAAGGCCGCCUGCUCUUCAAAACAUACAAGAACCGACCAAAAUACAUGCGUGGAGGCUGUUUGCUCUCUCAAACAAAAGAUUUUUAUACAUAACCUAUUUUCGAUGGACUUGAUAUAGUUACUGUAUACUAUGAUGGUUAUGAAAACACAGUUUUGCUUUCGUCAGUAGCUGGUGAUUUCAUCCUUUUUAAGUGCUACUUGCACACACGAUAGUUACCAUAACAACAGUCUUUAUUGAAAUUUUUUAUGGACAUGUCCUCAGAGGGAUUACUGUAUACAAGUAUAGCUAGUACCGUGUGCAGAAAGUCGGCUCGGUUAAGUCCUCGUACUUCCGAAGGUAAUGCAACAACACAGGUAAGACAUCGUUCACAAGCCGACUCAAGCAUGGAUUCGGAUAAGAUGGAUUCUGUUAUAUGUGACAUUACCGAAAUGAACGAUUUACUCGAGAGCAAGCAGUAUGCGGAGCCGAGAGGCUCGCGUCCUGCGUACACUGAUGUGGAAAAUUUUGGAGAAGAUGGCGGUGGUGAUCGCAGACAGAUCAUGAGUUCUGUACACACACUAAUGAGUCACAUAAAACAGUUGACAGAUGCAACACGUGAUCUAGCUCACGAGGAGUUGAGCUUACGUGGAGAAAUGGAACGUGUGGCGGAACAGGUGGAACAGCAGUGUAGCCAAGAGAAGACGGCGAAUAAGGAUAAAUUACAAGAAACUUCAAUGUUGAUUUUGCCUGAUGUGAAAACCAUUAUGCAGCCAGAAGGUGGGAAUUUGAUUGCUCAAUGCAUGUAUCAUCAACACCAAUGUGAUUGCCCGCCGCAACCUUUGACCUUGCACGUAAACCCUAACACUCAUAUUGAUCAUGAACCUAAGGGGGUCAUACCAGUUGCGGCUGCCACCAAUGGUGUUCUCAAGAAGGUUGACAACAGAACCAUGGAGGCCCAAAAGUUGUCGCAUUUACCCAACAGGAACCCAGUGUCACUAGAAUUCCGCAACAUCUCAUACUAUGUAAAGGAAGGCGGCUUUAUGUGCCGAAAUAAAGGCAAUAAGACGAUAUUGAAAGGGUUAUCAGGCCAUCUGAAGCCUGGAGAGUUGGUGGCUAUCCUGGGCCCCUCAGGGGCUGGAAAAUCAACAUUUAUGAAUGUGCUGGCUGGGAGCAAAACCAUGAAUAUGCGUGGCGACAUCCUUGUAAAUGGGCGACCACGUGACCAGAGCAAGUUCCGUAAGAUCUCCUGCUACAUCAUGCAAGACAGCCAGCUCUUGCAGCAUUUGACUGUCAUGGAGGCUAUGAUGGUGUCUGCCAACCUGAAACUGAAGUCUACCAUACCAACAGCAGAAAAGCAAGUUGUGGUUGAAGAAAUUAUAAGUCUUCUUGGGUUAUUGGACUGUGCUAAAACAAGAACUAGCAAUCUAUCUGGCGGGCAGCUGAAGCGCCUCUCAAUCGCAGUUGAACUUGUUAACAACCCACCUAUCAUGUUCUUCGAUGAACCGACCAGUGGUCUUGAUAGCUCAUCUAGCUUCCAAUGUAUCUCACUGUUGAAAUCAUUGGCUCAUGGCGGACGAACCGUCAUCUGUACCAUACAUCAACCAAGCGCAAAGCUAUUUGAAAUGUUUGAUAAGUUGUACAUUCUCGGUGAAGGUCGGUGUUUGUACUACGGGUCUGUGAGGUCGUUAGUCCCGUACAUGAGUUCCCUAGGGUUCAUUUGUCCACCCUAUCACAAUCCAGCUGACUAUGUGAUUGAGGUGGCCUCAGGGGAGUAUGGCGAUGCCGUGAUGGCGAUGACAAAAGCCGUCCAGGACGGUGUCUGUGAUGAGUAUUGGCGUGCUGAUCAAGAGAAGGGUUGCGACUUGGGGAACCUAGCUGCAGCGGGUUCUGCAUCGUUCCUUAAAGCUAACUCUAAUCUGUCACUGAAUGCGAUCAACGCUGCCCACGUAAGGAUUGCUGGAAAUGGUAAUCGAAUACCUACUACUAAGUUAAUGUCUCAGGAAAGUGAAGAGGAUAUUGCUCAUUUUGCAACUGGAUUCAUGACUCAAUUCUGGGUUCUUUUCAUCCGGUCAAUAAAAACUAUUAUCAGGGAUCAGGUGCUGACACACACACGUCUGCUCUCUCAUCUCGGCAUUGGUGUUUUGAUAGGCUUGCUGUACAUGGGUAUUGGCAACGAUGGCCGCAAAGCAUAUAACAACUCUGGUUGUCUGUUUUUCUCCAUCUUAUUCCUCAUGUUCACUGCUCUGAUGCCAACUGUUCUUACAUUUCCAAUGGAAAUACAAGUUCUUUUACGAGAGCAUUUGAAUUAUUGGUACAGCUUAAAGGCGUACUACUUUGCAAAGACGAUGGCAGAUCUGCCGUUCCAGGUGAUACUGCCUGUGAUUUAUUGCACCAUUGUGUACUUCAUGACGGGACAACCACACGAUGCUGGCAGAUUUUUCAUGUUUGUCUCUAUAUCGAUAUUGACAUCUUUUGUUGCCCAGUCACUUGGCUUACUUAUCGGCGCAGCUGCAACAACAAUGGAGCUGGCUGUGUUUGUGGGUCCUGUGAGCAGUAUUCCUGUUCUUCUCUUCUCUGGUUUCUUCGUCACCUUCAAUACAAUACCAAACUACCUUCAAUGGAUGUCUUAUAUAUCCUACAUACGCUACUCGUUUGAGGGCGUGCUCAUAUCUAUAUAUGGUAAUGAUCGUGGCGACCUGCAUUGUGAGCGGGAGGAGGAUUGUAUAUUCCGAACCAGUGAGGACGUUCUGAAGGAGCUGGAUGUUAGCAACAACAGAGUUUACAUUGAUUUCCUCAUACUCCUUACGUUCUUUUUUGUAUUACGUUUCUUAACGUACAUCGCAUUGCGAAUCCGCUUGAAAGUUAGCCAAUAGAUGGCUAGGGUUUGGGAUUAUGUUGAUCCAAGAGAUUAGUGUAUUCUUGCCAAGAAAUUUUAUUAGAUUAUUCACUUUAAUUUCUAUAUUCUAUGUGUCAGUAUUUUAACAUAGGGAUCAGGGAUGGAUUUGUAAAAAAACAAAAGGGUUAGAUUAAGUCUGUAACCCUGUCAGCUAAAUACAGAUUAUUAUUAAUCUGUGUGGUAUAAUGUGUGCUGGAGAUUAAAAAGAUACAAUUGGGA